AUGUCAAACGAUUUCAAUCCAGACAAUAUACGGAACUCUCAGCCAGAGUUGCGUGUAGGAAUAUGGAUUCCUAAAACGUUUCAAUCAUUUGAUUCUGUUUUGGAUUUAUUAAGAAAGGAAGUUGAGGCAUCAACUGCCGAUUUGGAGAUAUUCACGAACAACAUGGACAGCUUAAUUCCAGAAACUGUGUAUAAAUAUCUAUGCCGACACAAUAACGUGUGCCUUGUUACCACCAAUUUCCCCUAUUACACCCAGGUGGACAAGUCGUUUAAGAAAAAAUCGAGUGAUGUAGAAUUGAUUGAAGGCAAAGAAUUGGACACUUCCCCCGUUAUUCUCUUAAGCCCAAGCUCCAGUCCCAAAUCCGACACAUUUUAUGAGGACGUUUCUUGUUCUGGCACAAUGACGGUGGCUGCUGUGUUCAUAGUCCUCACUAAAGAAGACUUGCAGUGUAAGGACGUGGAGUACAUCAAGUGUCGAAUUAACGAGAUCAUCGAGUCGUUUAAACUGUUUAACGAACACGUGAAGUUUAUGCUCAUCGUCCACGGAAUAAGAGAUUUGCACCUUAUCAAUCCCAUAGGAGUGGGAGAAAACAAGGGACUGCAAGACGAUAAUACAAUUUUGCUAAAGAUGGCAAUGAUGAACGAAUUGACCUCGUAUCUACUAGUUUACCACGAUGUAGACACUAUUGAGACUGAUGAUAAUUCAGACCUGGCAAAUGUUAUCGUAAUAUCAUCGAAGUCAAUAAGGUCCAGUUACGGGAAGAAACUAUCCUCAAAAUUUAAAUCGAAGCCAAACAGUCUAUUGAACGAAGAGUUGGAGGAAGAUAAAACGUGGUUAUCUCAACUGUUACAAGUACCGAACAUCGGAAAAAACGAAGCAGUAGCAAUAGCACAAAAGUACAAAAGCCCGUCAGAAAUAAUAGAAUCCAUAGCCAAAUCGAAAGAAGAGUUUGCUGAAACGCUCAAGUCAAUAAACAUUGAGGGAGUUAAGAAGACGAACAUAGGGAAGACGACAAUAAACAGGUAUGAGAGUAAACGUAGUAAAAUGUGUAGACUGUCCACACUGUAUUCGUACACAGUGGUGCCUGAUGAGAUUCUGUGA